GCCGAUUGCAUCUUGACUUUAUCGUCGACCAUCGAGCUCGCCGUCGACAAUCAGCACAACAACUACCAUGCCCGUCUCGCGCAGAGGAUCCGGCUCCGUGACGCUCCCCUCGGGGCAGAGCAUCACCAUCCACCACCGCACGACCGAAGAGCCCGGCGAGGACCUCCCGCACGCGACGAAGAAGACGAUGGCGGACCACCUCAGGAAGUUCGAGAGCCUCUUCACGUUGACGCCGCAGCGCAUGCGGAUGAUCGUCGAUGCGUUCAAGGACACCCUCGAUCUCGGAUUGAAGAAGCCCGGACAGGUUGUCCCCAUGUUUCCGACAUACGUCUUUGGCUGGCCGACGGGAGAUGAAACCGGCGACUUCCUCGCGCUCGAUCUCGGCGGCACCAACUUGCGCGUGUGCCUCGUCACUCUCAAGGGAAAUGGCCAAUUCGAGAUGACCCAGUCCAAGUACCGUCUCACGGAGGAGCAGAAGCAAGGGGAUGGACAGGCACUCUUCGACUUCUGCGCGGAGUGCUUGAAGACGUUCAUUGAGGGGAACUUCGACGAGGAGGAACGCCAGAAGGGCCUACACUUGCCCCUUGGCUUCACGUUCAGCUACCCAUGCAUCCAAGAGCGCAUCGAUCACGGAGUGUUGGUACGAUGGACGAAGGGCUUCGGCGCUGCCAACACCGAGGGCAACGAUGUCGCUGCCAUGUUCAAGGAGAGCUUGAAGAAAUACGACCUCCCCAUUAGCUUGACCGCCCUCAUCAACGAUACGACAGGGACGCUCAUCGCGAGUCACUACGUCAACCCGUCCAGCAAGAUCGCCGUCAUCUUCGGCACUGGUUGCAACGCGGCGUACAUGGAGAGGAUCGGGAACAUUGAGAAGCUCAAGGACUUGGGCUUGCCCGCCGACGCGCAGAUGGCGAUCAACUGCGAGUGGGGUGCCUUCGACAGUUUCGUGCACGAGCACCUGCCGAGGACAAAGUACGACAUCAUCGUCGACGAGACCAGCAACAAGCCGCACGAGCAGGCGUUCGAGAAACUCAUCUCGGGCCGCUACCUCGGCGAGAUCAUGCGCCUGGUUAUCUGCGAGCUCAUUGAUGAUGGUGUGCUGUUCCUUGGGCAGGAGACGUACAAGUUGGAGUCGCCGUACGUCUUCGAGACGGCGUUCUUGAGUUUGAUGGAGAGUGACCCUACGGACGAGCUCCUGAUGAUCAUUGGCAUCUUCUCGCACUUCUUCGCGGUUGAGACGACACUGGCUGAGCGCCAAUUCUUCCGUGCAUUGGCGAAGCUGAUCGGCCGUCGCGCUGCGCGUCUCUCCGCCUGCGGUAUCGCCUCCAUCGUCAGCAAGAUGGGUUACCUGGACGAGCUCAAGGAGGGCGAGAUCAUCGGCGUCGGCUCGGACGGUAGCUUGUACAACAAAUACCCUGCGUUCGCCGAGCGCGUCCACGAAGGUCUCGUCGACAUCUUCGGCGAGAAGGGAAAGCAAGUCGUCACCCACCACGCUGAAGAUGGAAGCGGUGUGGGCAGCGCUAUCAUCGCCGCCAUGACCAAGAUUCGCAAGGAUAAGGGCAUCUUCGCGGACGUCUAAGGGAUCUCGGCGUCGCGUUCGGGAGGGAAAUGCGAGGCAGUCGCAAAAUUGUAUUCUUAUUAAUAGACGAAGGCGGAGCAGGGAAAGCUGAUGCGGGAAGGAGACGCAGAAGCGGGAUCGGAAAACGAAGCAGGAGAAGCAGAAAGAGAAGAAGCACACGAAUGCGCUCUGGAUGUGUUGCCUGUAGUUUGGACGCUAACAAUUGUACACGCGCCUUAUGCGGCGCCUAACCUCUACUUUAUCAUAGAUGAGCAGAACGACAUGUACGGUGUUGUACUGAGGAAAUGACAAGCAAAUGUACUGUA